AGAGGAGGCUCGGUGUUACUCACUCUUCAUGCCGAGAUUCUACGGGGACCAUCAGUGACUCGCUCCGAGGAAUUAACCGAACCUUCGGUGUUCACGGACACCCGUCUUUCGUCCGGGAUUAGUUCCGAACUGGUGGAAUUAGUUCUCAAGUCUCCGUCAAUUUGCAGACACAUUUUGCGGCUCACACGUGAAGGAUCGCUGGAACCUGGAACAUGAACCUAUUCAACCAAAGAUGCUCUAUGCUGGAGGAGACACCGCUGUGUACCACUUUGUAGUCGAGUGUGGUCAUCAUCAGCCCUUGUCUGCACUGCCGGCCACAGAAGGACCAAGCGCUCCACAUCAACAUUUAUUGCAGACCAUGGAGAGGAGGUGUCACCAGAUGACCGUGUGACAUCAUAGUGGAAACCAGAGGUGAAAACGACAGCGGCGACGACAUGGACCUCCGAUUUAGACGACUGUCACGUCUCACCACUGCUGCUCUUCAUCUCCUGCUGCUGGCCGCCAUGAUCCUGCCGUCCCACUCAGAGAGCGUGCCAAGCUUCAUCAAGUCCCCCGACGACCAGACGGGGAUUUCAGGUGGAGUGGCGUCAUUUGUGUGCCAGGCGGUGGGUGAGCCCAAACCUCGCAUCACCUGGAUGAAAAAGGGGAAGAAAGUCAGCUCUCAGCGCUUUGAGGUGAUUGAGUUUGAUGACGGUUCAGGUUCUGUGCUGCGUAUUCAGCCUCUGAGGACCCACCGCGAUGAAGCCAUCUAUGAGUGCACUGCAACCAACAGCUUGGGGGAGAUCAACACCAGUGCCAAGCUCACCGUCUUAGAAGAGGACCAGAUCCCUCAUGGGUUCCCCACCAUCGACAUGGGGCCCCAGCUGAAAGUUGUAGAGAGGACUCGCACUGCGACCAUGUUGUGUGCUGCCAGUGGCAAUCCAGACCCAGAGAUCUUCUGGUUCAAAGAUUUCCUUCCUGUGGACAUCAACAGCAGCAACGGUCGUAUAAAGCAGCUCCGUUCAGGUGGUACACCAAUCAGAGGAGCUUUGCAGAUCGAGAACAGUGAAGAGUCGGACCAGGGCAAGUAUGAGUGCGUGGCUGUCAACAGCGCUGGGAUCCGCUACUCUGCACCAGCUAACCUUUAUGUGCGAGAUCAACGGGAAGUGCGUCGUGUGCCUCCCCGUUUCUCUAUACCCCCCACCCAUCAUGAGGUCAUGCCCGGCGGCAGCGUCAACCUCACCUGCGUUGCUGUGGGUGCUCCGAUGCCUUACGUGAAGUGGGUCAGCGGUGAGGUGGAGCUGACCAGGGAGGAUGAGAUGCCCAUCGGACGCAAUGUCCUUGAACUGACCAACAUCCGCCAGUCUGCCAACUACACCUGCGUGGCCAUUUCCUCCUUGGGCAUGAUCGAGACUACUGCUCAGAUCACAGUCAAAGCCUUGCCCAAGCCACCUGCCUCUCUUAUAGUAACUGAAACCACAGCCACCAGUGUCACUCUCACAUGGGACUCUGGAAACCCGGAGCCUGUGUCCUACUACGUUAUCCAGUACCGUGCCAAGCUGUCUGAUAAUGGCUUCCAGGAAGUGGAUGGAGUAGCAACCACUCGUUACAGCAUCGGCGGCCUCAGUCCCUUCUCAGGAUAUGAGUUUCGGGUGUUGGCUGUCAACAAUGUCGGCCGCGGGCCGCCCAGCGCCAUUGUGGACACGCGCACCAGCGAGCAGGCACCUUCUUCCCCUCCACUCAACGUCCAAGCACGGAUGCUCAGCUCCAGCACUAUGCUAGUCAAGUGGGACCCUCCGGAGGAGGCCAACGGACAGAUCCAGGGAUACAGGGUGUAUUACAGCUCUGAUCAUGACGCUCCACUCAGUGCCUGGCAGAAACACAACACAGAUGACAGCCACCUGACCACCAUCUCAGGCCUGGUCACCGAUAUCACAUACAGCCUGAGGGUCUUGGGCUUCACCUCAGUGGGGGAUGGACCUCCAUCUGAUGUUGUUCUUAUCAAGACUCAACAAGGAGUCCCAGCGCAGCCUACUGGUCUGGAUGCAGAGGCUGAACUAGACUCUCGCGUCAUGCUGUCUUGGCUGUGGCCUGUGCAGGACCAGAUCAUCGAGUUUGAACUGCUUUACUGGGAGUCCACUUUUCCAGACGAAAAGCAUCGUGUCACAUUUAAUCCAGCGGGAUUUUACGCAGUUGACGGCUUAAAACCUGAUACGCUGUACAUGUUCUCCCUGGCUGCGCGUUCUGAGAUGGGCCUGGGGGUCUUCUCACAGCCUGUUGAAUGCCGUACCGCCCAAUCUACUCCCUCCGCCCCACCACAAGAGGUGCGCUUGCUCAGCUUGAGCUCCACCAGCAUCAAGGUGAGUUGGGUGGCGCCACCCAUCAGCAGCCAGCAUGGGGAGAUUGUCCACUACUCUAUUGCCUAUCAAGCCCUCACCGGCGAAGAUGUAAAGCGCCACCAGGUGAGCGGCAUCGCUGCAGGUGUCAGCAGCUAUGUGCUGGAAGACCUGGAGAAGUGGACUGAGUACUUUGUAUGGGUGAGGGCUCACACCAACGUCGGGCCUGGCCCGGAGAGCCCCACAGUCCGCAUCAGAACCCAGGAAGAUGUGCCUGGAGCUCCUCCGAGGAAAGUGGAGGUUGAGGCCAUCAAUUCCACGGCUCUGAGGGUGAGUUGGAAGUCCCCUCUCCCCGUGAAGCACCACGGCCAGAUCAGAGGUUACCAGGUGGUUUACUCCAGGCUGGAGAACGGAGAGCCCCAUGGCCAGCCAGUCAUCACAGAUGUCUCUCUACCUGAAGCUCAGGAAGCCACUAUCACAGGUCUGCUCCCGGAGACCAGCUACUCUGUCACUGUGGCAGCUUAUACAACCAAGGGUGACGGCGCGCGGAGCAAGGCCAAGACGGCUACCACCACUGGAGCAGUGCCAGGUAAACCAACAAUGAUGAUCAGCACCACAAUUGGAAACACUGCAUUGAUCCAGUGGCAGCCUCCAAAGGAAAUGGUUGGGGAGCACGUGGGGUACCAGUUGAAAUACAAGAGAGCAGAGGAGGAGGCAUUCACUGUGAAAGACUUCAGAAAGACGGACGAUCACUUCACUGUCACCGGCCUUCACAAGGGUGCCACGUAUAUCUUCAAGCUAUGUGCCAAGAACCGAGCCGGGAAUGGAGAGGAGUAUGUGAAGGAGAUCAGCACCCCUGAAGACAUUCCCACCAGCUAUCCUUUGAAUCUGAGUGUGGUUGGCCUGACAGCUACGUCCACCAAGCUGGCUUGGGACCCCCCAGCUCUGACUGAGAGGAAUGGGAAGAUUGUGAAGUAUUCAGUCGUGUAUCGAGAUAUCAACAGCCAGCACAACCACACCAACAGCACCACCGAGAACCAGAUGACAAUCCAGGGUUUACAGCCUGACACCACCUAUGAUAUCAGAGUUCAGGCCUUCAACAGUAAAGGCGGAGGCCCCAUCAGCCCCAGCAUCCAGAGCCGGACCAUGUCCACCUCAAUGCCAGUGUUCACAAAGAACUUUGGUGUCAAGACAGUUACGAAAACAUCAGUCCUGCUGACCUGGGAUGUUCCUGAAACAUAUAAAUCUCAAGUGCCUCUUAAGAUCCUGUACAACAAGCAAAGUGUGGAGGUUCAAGGGGACCUGAAGAGGAAGCUGAUCACACAGCUGCAGCCAGACACAGACUACUCCUUUGUGCUGAUGAGCCGUGGGAACAGUGCUGGAGGCCUGCAGCAGCAGGUCUCCAUCCGCACCGCUCCUGACCUGCUGAAAACUAAACCUGCAGAGCAUCAUCAGGAUGACGAGGACGGAGGCAAAGUGACAAUCAGUCUGCCCAGAAUUCCCACAGGGGCCGCUGUCAGGUCCUACUACAUUGUGGUUGUCCCUGUCGCCACCAGCUCUGUGAGGAGGUGGGAGAAUCCUGAGGAUAUGGACUUACAUGAGCUUUUGGACUCUGGUGCUGACAGCACAUUACAUAGGAAGAAGAGGCAGAACCAGGACUUCCUGAGGCCAUACAUUGCUGCAAAGCUGGACACCCUGCCUGACCUCUUCACUCUGGGGGAUGAGAAGAAUUAUAAUGGUUACUACAACAAGCCCCUUCCAGGACAGCAACUGUACCGAUGCUUUGUCCUGGCUGACCUGGCUGCCCUCGAGUCUCAGAGGACAUUCGCAGUCAGCCCGUUCUCCGAGCCCAUCAUGAUCAAGCUCCAUGUUGGGAUGGCGCGACACACAGAGGAACCUGAGAUGCUGUGGGUUCUGGGUCCAGUGCUGGCAGUCAUCCUCAUCAUCAUCAUCGUCAUUGCAAUCCUACUCUUCAAGAGCAAUCAAGAAAGGAAACGAACAUCUCCGGCCAAGGAUGAACUUUUGGUGGGAGUCAAGGACUCACUGCUGGCCCACUCGUCUGACCCAGUGGAGAUGAGGAGACUCAAUUACCAGACACAAGGUUCCAGUGGCCUCAGUUGCCCGAAUACUCCAAGAAUGAGGGAGCAUCCACCCAUUGCUGUGUGUGACCUUACAGACCACAUAGACAGACUGAAGGCUAAUGAUGGUCUGCGCUUCUCUCAAGAGUAUGAGUCUCUUGAUCCGGGUCAACAGUUUACAUGGGAACACUCCAACCUGGAGGUCAACAAGCCAAAGAAUCGCUACGCAAACGUCAUCGCCUACGACCAGUCACGAGUUAUCCUCACACCUGUGGAUGGAGUUCCUGGAAGUGACUAUGUAAAUGCCAACUACAUUGACGGAUACAGGAAGCAGAACGCCUACAUCGCUACACAAGGUCCGCUACCAGAGACCCUGAGUGACUUCUGGAGGAUGGUCUGGGAGCAGAGGACCUGCACCAUCAUCAUGAUGACUCGCCUUGAAGAGAAGUCAAGAGUAAAGUGUGACCAGUACUGGCCCAGUCGUGGUACAGAGACGUAUGGAAUGAUUCAGGUGACCAUGCUGGACACUAUGGAGUUGGCCACCUACAGCGUUCGGACCUUCGCUCUCUAUAAGAAUGGCUCAAGUGAGAAAAGGGAGGUCCGACAGUUCCAGUUCAUGGCCUGGCCAGACCAUGGUGUGCCUGAGUAUCCCACUCCCACACUGGCCUUUUUACGCCGGAUCAAGGCCUGUAAUCCCCCCGACGCUGGGCCCAUGAUGGUGCACUGCAGUGCCGGUGUGGGCCGGACAGGCUGCUUCAUCGUCAUCGAUGCCAUGCUGGAGCGGAUGAAGCACGAGAAGUCAGUAGACAUUUACGGUCAUGUGACGUGCAUGAGAGCACAGAGGAACUACAUGGUGCAGACGGAGGAUCAGUACAUAUUCAUUCAUGAGGCUCUACUGGAAGCAGCCAUGUGUGGCAACACUGAAGUUCCUGCUCGAAACCUGUAUGCUCACAUCCAGAAACUAACCCAGACUCCUUUGGGAGAAAGUGUCACUGCCAUGGAGCUGGAGUUUAAGAAACUGGCCAGCUCUAAAGCACAUACCUCAAGAUUCAUCAGUGCCAACUUGCCAUGUAACAAAUUCAAGAACCGCCUGGUGAACAUCAUGCCUUUCGAGUCAGCCCGUGUUUGCCUGCAGCCCAUCAGAGGAGUGGAAGGCUCGGACUACAUUAACGCCAGCUUCAUUGACGGCUACAGGCAGCAGAAAGCUUACAUGGCCACCCAGGGUCCACUUGCUGAAACCACUGAGGACUUCUGGAGAAUGCUGUGGGAGCACAAUUCCACUAUUGUGGUGAUGCUGACUAAACUGCGCGAGAUGGGACGGGAAAAGUGCCAUCAGUACUGGCCAGCUGAGCGCUCUGCACGAUACCAGUACUUUGUUGUGGACCCAAUGGCUGAGUACAACAUGCCUCAGUACAUCCUGAGAGAGUUCAAAGUGACAGACGCCAGGGAUGGUCAGUCGAGGACCAUCAGGCAGUUCCAGUUCACUGACUGGCCAGAACAAGGAGUACCAAAAACUGGAGAGGGCUUCAUUGACUUCAUUGGCCAAGUUCAUAAAACAAAAGAGCAAUUUGGUCAGGAUGGGCCGAUUACUGUGCACUGCAGUGCUGGUGUUGGGAGGACCGGUGUGUUUAUCACCCUCAGCAUAGUCCUGGAGAGGAUGCGGUACGAGGGCGUGGUUGACCUCUUUCAGACAGUCAAGACACUCCGAACUCAGAGACCUGCUAUGGUGCAGACAGAGGACCAGUACCAGCUUUGCUAUCGAGCAGCGCUGGAGUACCUGGGCAGCUUCGAUCACUAUGCAACAUAACCUCACCAUGGCUGCCCUCCCCAGAACAGUGUGCUAUCUUCUCUGAGCACCAUCAUGUCCGCUCCACCAGUCCCACUCGUGGUUGAGGAAGCUUGGAGGACAACUGGUGAGGGAGGUUGCUGAGAGGGAAGACUGAGUGGGAGGCCAUCGAAAUCAGACCCAUGAGACAAGGGGAUUGGACAAUAUGCUGUUGAAACGAUACCUGGACUCAGCGACGGACUGUAAAUCCUCUUGGAAUCCAAACACUAAAUUUAUGUCAAUGGUGACCCGCCCCCCCACUAACCCCCUCACCCUUAUCUCAAAAACUAUUUUUCUGCUACUUUCAUUUAUAUUUACUCUGUUAUUAAUAUUUAGAUUUUAUUUUGUAAUUACUUACAUUGGUUAUUGCAUAUUUGAUCAUGAUUUACUUAUCUUUUUAUAGUAGCACUAAGAACAUAUAUUGAUAUUUUCCAUAUAUAUCUGCUCAGAGAGUACAUACUCACAGCUGCUAAUCAGUUCUUUUUAUACCAUAAAUAUGAUAUUCUGUGGUUGCCACUACACUUUUUGGGAUUGUUUUGGAUACAUGUGGUGUCUCGCCUUUGCUGGGAUGAUGUGAAGUGACGACUGUGUGAAAUUUGCAAGAGUGGCCAUUGAUGAUCUCUCCAUUUCGUGCUGUGUCCAUCAAGUGUGUGAAAAAAAGGCUGCCAAAGAACAGAACACCACGAGCCUGGUUUACUGAAGCAGUGAAAUAACGAUUUCCACUCUCUAUUUGUGUUUAACAGUAACACGUGUAUAACAGCUGAUCUGGUCUGGCAAAUGUGCGAGGAAAAAAAACAAUUCCAUAUACUGCCAUAUGAAUCAAGACAUACACAGUAUAUGGUGGCUAAUUACAGCAUAAAUAGUCGAACUAUGAAGAGCACUCCCACUUCUCAAGCUACGAGACCCAUAUUGCACUGCAACUGCUGAAGCUCUAUUUUGUUGCAAAGAUUUAACUUGGUCUUUUUCAGGACAAGAAGCAAAGAAGGCAAGCUACAGACCAAAACAACAAUACGAAGAAAUGUUUCCUGACAAAAAAACAACCGAGUUUUUGCAAAUAUAGGAAAUACAAAGCUAUAGCAAGACAUUGAGAUUAUAAAUGUAAUUAUAAGUAAGACAAGGGUCUAAAAGGGUGAGAGGGCUUUAAUAAUAAUUACAGAUUUUACAGAUUUUAAUACUUGUACUUCAUCAGUAAGAAGAAUAAAUUAUAUUUUUAAUUCAGCCAUGAGUAGAUGAGUAGAUACAUUUAUUUUUGACCCUACUAUAGCAUCUAUUCAACACUCCUCUCCCACCAGCUUUGUUGGCCAGGAUGUGCGUGAAUAGAUUUGUGCACACCACAUUGCAGUGUCUUUAAAUGAUUGUUUAUGUAGAAAGGAUGGUCCAUUUCAUUUUAAAUUUCACUGUUCACUAUUGUGACCCGACAACAUAUAAGCCGUCCAAAGACAGUACUGAGAGGUCAGUUUUAUUCAUUAGCAUGAACAUAAAAUGUGCUCAAGGUCUGAAUGGGAUGUUUUCCACAGCUACAUUGUUGAAAUAAUUGUGUCAGAAACCCACAUUGUUGUGAUGAUGAUGAUGAAAAUAAGUUACAAAACAAUUAAUGUGAGUCCUGAUUAUGGUUUAGACGGCCAUGAAAUCAUGAUGGAUCUUAGAAUGUUAUGUUCCCCCAAACACUGUGUUCCAUAACUACAGGCAUGACACAAAGUGAUCAGUGGUGUGUCUCUGUGCGUCACUCAACGAAGUCAAGGAGGGCCUGAAAUAGUUAAAUAUUCAUUCCACUAUUGGUAUUAUCAGGAUUAUUUCUGUAUUUAAGUUGUUUUCUAUUUGUUAAUUAAAAAGAUAAUCACAAAAUGUUUAUGUUUUGAUGUGUCUUGGUUGUGCAACACCAAUUUGUGCAUACAAAUAGUAGUAUACAGUGACAGAUACUGUGAAGUUGUGCAAUAGUGAGAUUAA